ACCGGCACCCUUUAUUUAAAUUUGAUACAACCAACAAAUAGUGUCAUGAAGUUUUCCUCAUCAGUCUCUCUCUCAAGAAAUGUCUCAUGAUCAAGACAUGCCCACCGGUCAUGGAUCAUCAAUGUACGGCGAUGAUAACAUGAACAUGAGCUCGCCAUCAAUGGACAUGAUGAUGCACAUGAGCUUCUACUGGGGAAAACAUGCUAUAGUCUUAUUUUCUGGAUGGCCAAAAGAGAGUCUUGGCAUGUAUCUUCUGGCUCUCUUCUUUGUGUUUUUCCUUGCUGUUGGUAUUGAGGUUUUGUCAGUCCCUGCAACAGCUAAUGUUUUCGGCUCCAACCCCAUGAUGGGUGCCUUUAUUCAAGCAAGUGUUUAUGCUGUUAAAAUGGGUUUUGCUUACAUGGUCAUGCUUUCAGUUAUGUCUUUUAAUCUUGGGAUCUUUAUCGCUGCGGUGGCUGGCCACGCUCUCGGCUUCCUUAUCGUCAAGGCUCGGCCUCUUGCCCUCGCCAAUCGGCCGGAUGUUAGCGGCAAGGCUCCGGUUCCCAAAGUUUAAUUUGAAUAACUAAAUAUUUAUAUCUUUUUAUUUUCUUCAUAUGUAGUAAUUUUGUUGUCGGUUAUGUAUAACGAUAUGCAUCUUUUGUACUUGGUUUAUUUUGUGUCCUUUGUAGCUCAUUUUCGAGAAAUAUUUUAAAUUUUGAUUUGUAA